AUGGCGACUCCAGUGGCCAACGGCGACGCAUCCGCCGCACUCGACAACCUCAAGCCACCCGCAGGCGUGGUCCUUCCGCCUCGCGAGAUCCGCAACAUCCUCGAGAAGACGGCCGGCUACGUGGCUCGCAACGGAGCCGUCUUCGAAGACCGCAUCCGCGACAAGGAGAGCCAGAACCCCAAGUUCAGCUUUCUAAACGCCUCCGACGCCUACUUCCCCUACUACCAAUGGCGUCUCAGCGAGAUUCGGGCGGGUCGCGGCACCGACAUCGCCGCCGGCCGAGCGGGCGAGACGCCCAAACCCGAGAAGCCCCAGGGACCACCCCCUCCACCCGAAUUCCAGUUCUCGGCCAAGAUGCCGCGUCUCAACCAAAAGGACUUGGACAUCCUCAAGCACACGGCACUGUUCACAGCUAAGCAUGGCCGUCAGUGGAUGACCCAGCUGGCCCAACGGGAGGCCGGCAACCCGCAGUUCCAGUUCCUGAUUCCCAACCACACCUUCCACAACUUCUUCCAACACAUGGUCGAGCAGUACGCCAAGAUUCUCAAGUGCUAUGAGGACCCAAGGCAGAGGAUGUCGCUCAUGGACGAGCUGCGGGAGAUUGCCAAGAACCCGCACAUCGUGCUUGAACGUGCCAAACAAAGGGCAGAGUACGCCAAGUUCCAGGCGGCGGAGAGGAAGAAGAGGGAGGAGGAAGAGGUGCAAAAGGCCGAGGAGUUUGCCCGAAUAGACUGGGGUGACUUUGUGGUUGUCGAAACCAUUACAUUCACAGACGCCGACGAGACGGCGAAUCUCCCGCCACCCACAAGCCUGUCCGACCUCCAGUACGCAUCCCUCGAGGACCGCAACAAGGCAUCUAUCAGUGCCAAUCUUCGAAUCGAGGAGGCCAUGCCGGGCGAGGAGCUUGGCAUGCAAAACGGAUACCCUCAGCCUUCGUACCCGCUCCCGGCGCACCCGAGCCCAGCACCCACCCAAGCAUACCAGCAAGCUGGCCCGAUGCAGCCGCCAUACCAUCCGAUGCAGCCCGUGAGGUCUGCACAGGAGGAGGAGGAGGCACGCCGCAUCCAAGAGAGAGCCGAUGCGCAGGCGCGCAUGCAGCAGGCUCAGGCAGAGGCUCGUGGCGGCAACGCGCCCAUGAAGAUCCGCGAGAACUACGUGCCGCGUGCCGCGCAGCGCGCAGCGAACCGGCAAGGCACGCAGACGGCUCUCUGCCCAAACUGCAAGCAGCAAAUCCCCAUCAACGAGCUCGACGAACACAUGCGGAUCGAGCUAUUGGACCCUCAUUGGAAGGAACAGAAGGCUCGAGCGGAAGCGCGAUAUGCGCACGCGAACGUGUCGCACGCCGACGUGGCCAACAACCUCAAGCGACUGGCGAGCCAGCGAAGUGACGUGUUCGAUCCGGUGACGGGCCAGGCCAUCUCGGAGGACGAGCUGGCACGGCGGAAGAAGGCGGCGAUGAACAGCUUUGACGGCAACCCUGAAGGCAAGAGCCAGGCGCACAUGGACCACUUGCAGAGCUUCAAUGUGGAGGAGCAGAUUCGCGCCAUACACCAAAAAUUUGCGGGCGACAAGAAACCCCAGCCGCCCGCGCGGGCAGCCGCCGCCAAACUGUCUGGCCAGCAGGACGCCGGGAGGGCCGCCGGCAGCGACAACGAGCCCGCCGCCGCCGGCACGACCACCAAGGCGGGAUCGACGUCUCCGAAGAGCCCCAACUUCCACCGGCCCAUCAUGCAGGCCAUGCCCGACACGCGGCAGCAGAGUUUCGACGAGAUCUACGGGCCGCCCGAGAACUUUCUCGAAAUUGAGGUCCGCAAUCCUCGCACGCACGGCAUCGGGCGACACAUGUACACCGACUACGAGAUCCUGUGCCGGACCAACAUCCCCGCCUUCAAGCUGCGCCAGAGCAGCGUUCGGCGGAGGUACUCAGACUUUGAGUACUUUCGCGACAUUCUAGAGCGCGAGAGCGCGCGCGUCACCAUCCCGCCGCUCCCGGGCAAGGUCUUUACCAAUCGCUUCAGCGACGAUGUUAUCGAGGGCCGUCGCGCGGGGCUCGAAAAGUUCCUCAAGAUUGUCGUCGGCCACCCGUUGCUGCAGACGGGGAGCAAGGUCCUCGCCGCCUUUGUGCAGGAUCCGAACUGGGACCGCAACGCGUGGUGA